AUGCCUGGCAGCUCUGCCAAGUUUCCUCUUUCUGGGAGGAUCUCUCACUACUCCUCUUCUUCUCUCCUCCCUCGUCCUUCUGCUCCUCCUCCUUCUGCUCCUCCUCCUCCUGCUAACCCUUCCUCUGCUCCUCCUGCUUCGCGCCCCUCUGCUCCUCCUCCUAGGCCUUCCUCUGCUCUCCCUGCUCCUCCUGCUAAGCCUUCCUCUGCUCCUCCUGGUCCUCCUGCCAAGCGCUCUAAGCUUUCCUCUGCCUCUAUUCGUAAGCAACGAAAGCUUACCUCUGUUCCUCUCGCUUGGCGCUCCUCUGCUCCUCCUGCUUGGCGCUUCUCUGCUCCUCCUACUUGGCGCCUGGCUGCUGCUCCUGCUAAGUCUUCCUCUGCUCCUCCUGCUCCCCGCCCCUCUGCUCCUCCUGCUGCCCGCCCCUCUGCUCCUCCUGCUCCCCGCUCUUCUGCUCCUCCUCCUCCCAGGCCUCUCCAUCUCCUUCCUCCCCCUGUGUCUCCCCCUCUCUUUCGUAAGCGCAAACGAAAGUCUUCUCCUCCUCCUCCUGCUCCUCCUCACGCUGCUAGCCUCUUCCGCGUUAACCCAGCCCCUGUUGUCCCGCAGCCGGAGCCUGCCCCGCUGUUCCCUGGACCUGUCCCGGACUGGGUGGUGCAGAUGGAGGCGUACCUGAAGGAGCGGGAGCUGCCCUGGAAGGAGCAGAGAAGGUCAUGUGUCUUUGCUGUUCUGGGAAACAAGAGAGUGGAGGAGGAGGAGGUGGAGGAGGUGGAGAAGGACGAGGAGGAGGAGGUGGAGGAGGAGGAGAUGGAGGAGGAGUUGGAGAAGGAGGGUAGAGAAAGAGGAGGAGGAUGA